CCUGGACUCCCCUGAACCAGCGAGGAGCCCUCCAUGUAAGGAACACACGAAGGCGAGGGCUCAUCUCUCGCGAGGAACGACGCCGUUAUCGGAAUCUCUACAAACAACACGAGAAUUCAUCAUUCACACGCUGUGAAGGAUGACUGAACAAGAGCUGGAUGAUAUUGUGCAAAUAACAGUGGAGGAUUUUAACCAGGAAGACCGUACAGACAUGCUGGACAAUCACGAAGACGAUGAAGACAGGCCUCAGAAGAAAAGGAAGAAAUUAAGCAACACCCAGGAGAAUAACAACAGUAAUCAAGAUAUAGCUUUUAUUAAGAACCUGUUGGUUUCAUUCACGGGAUCAAUCAGCCAGCGACUGGAAGGAAUUGAAUCGAAGCUACAGUCUCUGGACGCGACAUGCAAAGCCCUUGGACGCAAACUAGACAGCAUGGUACCCUGUGCCAAGAGUCCUAUCCAGGUUCCUAUGGUUGCUGGAUCACCUCAAGGGGCCACUCAAACUUGGAACAAAGUGCGAUGUGUUGUCCCCCAGACAAAUGUGAUAGUGAGCAGUGAACACCCAAAAGGCUCAAGCCAGGAAGACACUCCGCUGGAGAACCUGCUCAGCAACACGGUGACCAGGAGACGACAGAACACAAUCCUAGUAAAGGUGCCGGGCCCUGAAGAGAGUCAGGAGGAACAGGAGAGUGGCUCAGAGGCCAGUGACUCUGUUUCCAACGGCGGUCAGUCAAGCAGUGCACAAAACGGCCAAAAUGUUACGCUCAUCACACUCAAUUCAGAAGAUGAUUAUCCAGCCGGCACCUGGUUGGGAGAUGAGGACAACCCAGAGAUGCGAGUUCGUUGUGCGGUGUCUCCAGCUGACAUGCUUCAUAUCAGCACAAAUUGCCGCACAGCAGAGAAAAUGGCAUUGACGCUGCUGGACUAUCUGUUCCAUCGGGAGGUCCAAGCCAUGUCAAAUCUGUCUGGGCAGGGCAAACAUGGAAAGAAGCAGCUGGACCCUCUCAUGAUCUAUGGCAUUCGCUGUCAUUUGUUCCACAAAUUUGGCAUCUCUGAAUCAGACUGGUAUCGCAUCAAGCAGAGCAUUGACUCAAAGUGUCGUACUGCCUGGAGACGCAAGCAGCGUGGACAGAGUCUGGCUGUCAAGAGCUUCUCCAAACGCACACCUCGCAAUACAGUUGCAGACGAAGGAAUCACAGAAGAAACGGGCCACAUUGAAACCGCCACCCAGCAGACCUUGCACUACACGCUGGCCAAUCAGCAAGUACAGUUCCACCGUAUUGGCGAAGAUGGACAAGUUCAGGUGAUACCACAGGGACAGCUGCACAUUGCCCAGGUGCCACAAGGAGAGGAGGUGCAGAUCACACAGGACAGCGAGGGAAACCUCCAGAUUCACCAGGUGCAUGUUGGUCAGGAUGGACAGGUGCUGCGUGGGGCCCAGUUGAUAGCUGUUGCGUCAGCUGAUGGGGGAGCGACGGCGGUGGAGGGCUCCACUCUCCCCCCUGACAUCCAAGUGCAGUACGUCCAACUAGCUCCCGUCGCGGAUCACACAACUGCGGUGCAGGCUGCUGAACUGGCCCCAGCCCUGCAAGCUGACAUGGAGGUGAAAGAGGCCAUCCAGGGUGCCAUCCACGGAGACAAUGGCGAGGUUGUCCAGAUUGUCACCUCUGUGGCCACCUGAAAGCCCCUCGGGUUCAGCACGGACCAGAACUCUGCUCGACAGCCCGACCUGAUGAGUCUCAAUAGAACCAGAGGUCAAGAAACGCUGACAGUGUGACAAGCAAACAAGCUAGAAGUGUUUUUUUUUUUUUUUUAAACAAAUACCGAAGGUCACAGACGAAACAGAGGAAAGAAGACUUUUUUUCCCCUGUUUUUUCUUUGCAAACUGCUCAAUUCAUUUCCAAACAGAUGCUGCAAUGUGGAAAUGUUCACAGAGAACUUGAAAAGACCACGAUACUCCAGAAUCAACUGUGGUCCUUCUGGUGUUUUCAUCACCAGAAAGACCUGGCCCACCGCAAAAUACACAGUGGGAUUAUUGUCUAUCGAGGGAGGGUGCUGCUUAUGCGGACCAUCAUCCUGCCACUUCAUCAGCACAAACGCUUGUUUACGUCGGCUUUGGAAAAUAGUGGAGUUAUUUGGACAUAAGCUACUUGGCUAACCCCAAAACCCCCGAGAGGGUUUGCAAAACCCCAGAAUCCCACCUCAAACAACCAGCACUGGGCUCCUUCUCUCGUCAUUUUGUGUCACAGUGGACUGCAGUGGAAAGUGCAUUUAGCUGAGGACAGCUACUCUUGGUCGUGAUUAAUUUGAUUUCCUGUCACUUGCCAUGAUUCGAUCCAUACCAUGUCUCCGGGCUAUGAGCCUCCACCUUCCUUUACUUUGUUCAGCUUGUUUUCAUAUUGCUUCAGCCGCACAGCUUUGUUUGUUUGUUUGAUUUAUCUAAUUGUAACAUGCUGAAAUUUUUGGGGGACUUUAAUUUUGGAGGUAGAAGACCAUGAAAUAGAAGAGAUGGUGCCAGUGGUAGACAGUACAAGCGGCCUGUAGACUGCCAGGGAAACAUUGAAGUUGUUUAUUUCCCCCCGUUUUGUCUCUGUUACUGAUACAUUCAUGUGAAUAAAAGAAUAUUUGUGGUGGCCAUAAAAA